AUGCAUAUUCAGUUAUAUAGAGGUUUAUUUAAAUCAAAAGUAUUAAGAGAAUUGAUUUUUGAGCAAAUUCAUAGGUUAUCAGGUGAAUAUCGAGACAGAGGAUUGGAAAUAUAUAAAUGGAGUGAUUUAGCGUUUUGUCCACAGCAACUCGUUCUAUAUAAUUAUGUCGAUCAAUUGAAAUCGACAAUCAAAUAUUUUAUUGAAAAUAGAUACACUUUACAAUGUACAAUUUUAAACGAGAAGAAAAAAAAUAAAACAAAAUUCUUUAAAAUAGAACAAUCAUCACCAUCAUCAAACAGUAAUAAUAAUAAUAAUAAUAACAAUAAUAACAAAAAAAACAAUAAAAACAAUAAAAACAACAAUAGAAAUGGAAAUCCAAAGUUUGUUAUCUAUUACAUAUUGUAUGCAUUAAAAACGAGUGCUACUCAUGGUAACUUGGAUUUAAUCAUCUAUUUACUUUCACAAUUCUAUGAAUUACCAACAACAAAACAACAAAAAUCAGAAGAAACAAAGAGUAUUACUCCCAAAAGCAUUAUAAAAUUGGAACAAAAGUAUUUAAAGAGUAUAUUUAACAAAGCUGCAGGCAAAGGAUAUUUAAAUAUCUUAAAAUACUUGAUUGAAACUUAUGGAAAUCAUGAUGUAAAGAUCACUACGAAAUCGAUGAAUUGCGCUGCGAGCAAUGGUCAUCUCCAAGUCUUGAAAUGGAUGUAUCAGACUCGCGAUUCAACAGCUACCGUUUGUAAUCAUCUUGGUUUAGAUGCGGCCGCUAACAAUGGCAAAUUGGAAACGGUUCAAUUCCUCCUCGAAAUGAAGGUUAUUCCAAAUUUAGCAGCUGAGUAUGCUGCAGACAAAGGACAUCUCGAUAUCCUGAUCUCGCUAGAUCAGUUCAACCAUCUCCCCACUACUUCUGUUGCUUUAGAUAAUGCAGCUACGCGAGGACACAUGGAAAUUGUACGGUUCCUUCAUAGCAGACAAGCGAAAUGCACUACAAACGCCAUCAACUAUGCUGCCUACAAUGGACAUUAUCAAGUGGUUCACUUCCUUUUGGAGAAUAGAAGUGAAGGAUGCACACAGGAAGCAAUGGACCUGAGUUCUAUGGAUGGACAUUUGGAUAUUGUGAAGCUGCUUCACGAACGAUCGGACAAAGGAUGCUCACAGUCAGCCGUAGAUCUUGCAGCUGGUAACUGUCAUUUCCAUGUGGUCCAAUUUCUCAUUGAAAAUCGUACGGAAGGGUGUAGUGUCAAUGCUCUUUCUAAUGCAAUCAUAAAUGGUCAUCUACCAAUGUUUCAGUACCUCGCAGAGAAGACCGCAUUUCUCAAAGAUGAAGAAGCCGUUGAGCGACUGUAUGAAAUUGCAAAAUCACAUGAUAAAUUGGAAAUAGUUGAAUUUCUAAAGAAUAAUUUCACACAAUUACAAAGUCGUAAUUAA